AUGGAUUUACCUAACAUACUGGUUGAUAAAGUCACAACAAUUCAAUAUGAUAAUUCAAAUGAUGAACAAAAAUUGCAAUUAAAAGAAGACACGACAAGAAUAACUGCAGAAAACGGAAAUUUGGAAUUGUUAAAAUAUGCAUUUCAAAAAAGAUGUAAAUGGGAUGAAAAAACAACAGAAGCUGCUGCAAAUAAUGGUCAUUUAAAAUGUUUAAAAUAUGCUUAUGAAAAUGGUUAUGAAUUGAAUCAAUUCAAAAUUGCGAAAAGUGCGAUUAGAAAUGGUAAUCUAAAAAUAUUAAAAUAUAUUCACAAAAAUGGAUAUGAUUUCAAUCAAUUCAUAACUAACGUUGCUGCUGCUGGAUGCCCAUUGGAUGAUAGAAGUACUAAUGAGGCCGCCAUUCAGGGUAAUUUAAAUAUUUUAAAAUAUGCAAAUAAAAAUGGUUGCAAAUGCCAUAAACAUACAACUACAGAGGCAGCCAAAAGAG